GACUUAAAUUCGAUUGGAUCUCAUCAUUCGGUACUUCAGAAUGCUGUCCUGAUUUUAUCCGUUGAUUUUUUUUUUUAAAUAUUAUAAAGGAGCCCAACAAUGACAGCAACUCUUUUGAUCACGAUCUUCGCAGCGGUGACUUUCGCCAGCCCAAUUCCGAAUAAUCCGAUCAAUUUGACGAUCGCCAACAUCGAGUCAUUUUUCGAAAACUCUCUUGGCAGUUUGGCCGGAUCUUUGAUAAGUCAUCAUCACGGCAACGGAUCGGAAUCGUUUCAAUCGCAGGACGGAAGUUUGCAUGCCAACAUCCAGCCAAUCACUUUGGGAUCUCUUGCGGGGAUCACUUUCAAACCGAGUAACCAUGCCCUGAUCGCGGAAAAUGAGACGGUUUUGUUCCACAACAGCACCGAGGAAGUUGACGUGGCUAAGAUUGAUUUGGGAAGUUCUAUCAAUGGAACCAACAGCAGUACAGAAUCGCCAAUGAAAGCUGAAGUUUUGAAGGCAAUUCCAACCAGCAUUGUAGCUGGGGCCACAACCACAACAGCUACUCCUGAAGUUACAACGGGUAGCCCAAAGUCGACUGAGUCAACUUUAGGGACCAGUUCAACAGCCGCUACAACUCAAGGAAUCAGCAGCACUUCUCCUUCGGCAAAUGUCGUAUUCGUUACUCCGGUCAACACAACCACUCCGAAAAGUGUAACUUCUUCUACAGAAAAAAUCAACUCUAGUGAAGCCAAGGAUGUUGAAGACAAAAUCAAAGAAGUUGAGGCAGAUCCUGUGAUUUUGACAUCCGGUGUUUAAGGAUUUAAAUAAACGACUUUCAAUUGAAGGUUUUAAAAAAUUU